GUUGAGAUUGAGAAAAAAAGGCAAAAAGCAAAGGCAAAAGAAAUCAAUAGUUCUGUGUCAUAAAGAGAAAAUUUUUCCGUGUUAUCCCAGGACGAACAUUUUUACAGAAAUAUAAUAAUCAUUUCUCAAAUAAUCCAUUAACCAUGGCGGACAAUGAACAAAAAGCUAUGCAGCUAAUGGCUGAAGCUGAAAAGAAACUAACCCAACAAAAGGGUUUUCUCGGAUCGUUGUUUGGUAGUGGAUCCAAUAAGGUUGAGGAUGCAAUUGAAUGCUAUCAACGUGCUGGAAACAUGUUUAAAAUGGCCAAAAAUUGGUCAAAGGCCGGACAGGCCUUCUGUGAGGCUGCUACUUUACAUUCACGAGCUGGAAGUCGUCAUGACGCUGGUACGAUGUACGUUGACGCAUCCAACUGUUACAAAAAGUCCGACGUAGAAGAAGCUGUUUCGUGUCUUUUGAAAGCCAUAGAUAUCUACACCGAUAUGGGACGAUUCACUAUGGCAGCUAAACAUCAUCAAAGCAUUGCCGAGAUGUACGAAUCAGAUCCUAAUACUUUGGCAAAAGCAAUUCAACAUUACGAACAAGCCGCCGAUUACUUCCGUGGUGAAGAAUCUGUUAGUUCAGCUAACAAGUGCAUGUUGAAGGUCGCACAGUACGCCGCUCAAUUGGAAGAUUACGACAAAGCUAUACAAAUUUACGAACAGGUAGCUACUUCAUCCUUGGAGAGCUCUCUGUUGAAAUAUAGCGCUAAGGAAUAUUUCUUCAGGGCUGCGCUAUGCCAUCUUAGUGUGGACUUGUUAAAUGCUCAACACGCAAUUGAGAAGUACGCUCAACAAUAUCCAGCUUUCCAGGAUUCACGAGAGUACAAACUUGUGAAGACUCUGUGCGAGCACUUAGAAGAACAAAAUAUCGAAGGAUUCACUGACGCCGUCAAGGACUACGAUAGCAUUUCCAGGCUCGAUCAAUGGUAUACAACUAUAUUGCUAAGAAUCAAGAAAGCUGCCAACGAUGAUCCCGAUCUUCGAUAAAUUAUUAUUUUUGUUCUAUCCUUCAUCUCUCUCCUCGUAAAUAAGAUUAAUGCAAAAACUAAUUAAAUAAAUACAAAUAAAAUACAAAACAUUAAACAUAAUAACCAACAUUAUAUGAACAAAUGUUUUCUUUAAUUCCGAAAACUAAUUUUUAAAUAAUUAAAAUGUUUAAACCAACUUUUUUUUAUAUAUAUAAACACAACCUUCGUAUAAUAACAUAGAGAUUAAAAAAGACAAAUGAAAUAGAAAAUAAAUAAAAAAAAGAAUCGAAAGUACAGCAGAGUCUCAAAAAAAUUAUUCAACACAAAAAAAAAAAACAUUUUCAAUCAAAAUUCAAAAAUAAAAUUUUAAAUAAAUAUUAUAUCUAUUAUUGGAUUUUUUAAUUACUUGUCAUGGUUAAAAUAUGUAAUUAAGAUGCAUGUAAAAUUUUUAUUUGCUUAUUUGCGAGUAGUCGUGUGCUUAAGUCUGUUUUUGAGUUAAGAUAAUAAGGAUUUGAUUAAAAUUGAUGGCUUUGAGAUGAAAAUAAAGUUGCUAUUAAGAAACCUCCUCCAUAUAAAACAUUAAUCUUAAUUUUCUUUUUUUUUUUGUAUAUGUUAAACUAUUCCUUCGUUAUUUGUUGAUAUAUGUUUUUAUUGAUAUGUUAAGCAUAAAUAUAAUUAAAUAAAUUGUUUCUCUAUUCUCAAGACAUGGGCAUAGACACAGUAGCUAUAAAUAUAUUAUUAUUAAACCUAAAUGGAUUUAUUAUAAUACAUAUUAUUCUAUAUAAUAAGCCCAAACAAAAACAAAAAUAUAUUCCAUAAUUUUAUUGUAAUUUAAAUUUGAAAAAAAAAAUGUCUUAAUAAAAUGAAAAUACAUAAUACAUACAUUAUAUAUGUAAAAUUACAAAAACAAAUCGCAAUUUUAUUGAUCAAAAUUAUUUAAACGUAUAUUAUUAUUGUAUUCUUAUAUUUAAGAAUCUAUUUUCCAAAUACAUAAUAUAAAAUUGAUAUAAAAAUAACUAAAAUAAAUAAAAUCAAUUACACCGAAGAUGAACAUACACAAAUGUAAUCUAUUGGAGGGACAAACUGAAGGUAACCAAAUUUUAAAAAAUAUAAUAAAAAGAAAAGCAAAACACAAAUUAUAAUAAAUCAAUUUAGCAAAACUGUAACAAUUAAGCUGAAAUUAUAGUUUAACAUGUUAACUAUUAUUUUAAACUAUUAAAAGUUGCAGACAAAAAAAAAAAAAAAAAAAACAAAAAGAAGAAAUUUUAAUGAAACUAAUUAUCCUUUUACGAAUUUUAACAAAAAUAUAGUAUAUAAUAAAAACAAAAAAAUUAAAAAUAUAUAAACACUCACUCAACUUCAGAACAGAAAAUAUCAAUAUACAGUUGCAAACAAUGCAAAAAUGCUAUAAGUGCAUUUAAUGUAAAUCCAUUAGAUAUUGAAUUCGAGUCAAAUAAAUAUAAAAAUAAAAACAAA